AUGAUGUUCUUUGCGUUUGGAAAUCUGAUCUACAUCUCCGUGCUCCUUGUGAACGCCAUAGCAAUCCUCUCCGAGGACCGAUUCCUGGCGCGCGUCGGAUGGUCCAACAGCACACUCGGGGAGCCAGCUUUCGGGACCAGCAACGGUGGCGACGCGAGCAUUAAGAGCAAGUUGAUAAACCUGAUGACCAGCGUGCGGACGCUGAUGAGGAUACCCCUCAUCCUGAUCAACACGGUAAUAAUCGUCUACGAGCUAUUCCUUGGAUGA